AUGAUGAAUACAACAACAACAACAACACCUGAAGUAUCAUCACCAUUUUUUAGUUAUAUAUGUGAUAAAUAUUUUUAUUCAUCAGAAUGGUUUACAUUCACUAUUUGUACAUAUAUAACAUUUCAAACAGUUUUUUGGCUAUAUAAUAUCUUUCUUUUCUACAUUGGAUAUAAUGAUAUAUCUUAUUUUGAAAAAUAUCGAAUACAAAAACAUAAACCAAAACUUCGUUUUCAACCUGAAAUAAUUCAUCAGAUGAAAAAUGGAAUAAUAAAACAUCAAUUAUCACUUAUCGUGUCAUUACCAUUAUUAUAUUACCUAUUAAAUUAUUUUGGUCAUGUUUCUGUACGUACAUCAAUUCCAUCAUUAUUUACUAUACUAUGGCAAAUGAUUAUAUUUAUAUUAAGUGAAGAUUUUUUAUUUUUUUGGACACAUUAUUUUUUUCAUACACGUUGGUUAUAUAAACAUAUACAUAAGAAACAUCAUAUAUUCAAACAACCUACAGGUGUUGUUUUUAUCAUAGCUGAUCCAUGGGAAUUAUUAUUACAAAAUCAACUUGCUGUUUGGAUUGCACCAAUAUUUCUAAAAGAAAAACAUUUAUUUACAAUAUGUUUAUGGAUAUUUAUUCGUGUUUAUCAAACAAUUAAUGCUCAUAGUGGUUAUGAUUUACCAUAUAUAAGUGCACAAUAUUAUUUACCAUGGUUAAUGUCAGGAACAUUACAACAUGAUUAUCAUCAUCAACAUGCUAAAAUGAAUUAUGGAAGUUUUCUAACAUUAUGGGAUAGAUUUAUGAGUACACAUCGAUUACAAAAAGAUGAUUGA